CAUCAUGGCACACGGCUCUCCUGACGGCUGUUUGGAGUCGGAUGUCUCCUGUCCCAUCUGUCUCCAUCUCUUCCUCGACCCGGUCACUCUUCCCUGCACGCACAGUUUCUGUCUGGUUUGUCUGGAGACACCAGAGAGGGACACAUCAUCUGGAUUUGAUCAAGUACUUUGCUGCCCAGUUUGUGGACAGGAACAUCUCAGCCCAGAGACCCUGCCGAGAAACAUCAAACUGAAACAGAUAGUUGAGAACUACAGAGCCAACAGCUUCAGUGGUGAACUUCAGCCAAGUGCAGAGGACGAGAUAAUCAAUGAGCAGACAUCUCCAGAAGACACUGAUGUGUGCAAAUCAACAGAUUCUGGGACAAGCUCACUGCUGGAGACUGAAACCAAUGAACGGAGGUCUAGUCUGAAUCCUGUCAUCUCUUGUCUUCAAGAAAAGCUGGCUCUAGUAGAUGAUCUGGUGAAUAAGGAGAAGGCCAGAGAGGCUGCGGUUAAAGUGACACAUGCAGAUCUGAGGAAAGAUGUGAGCGGCGUAUUGGAGCAGAUGGCAGAGCUGGUGAAGACCUACAGCACGACUGCUCUGAAGCUUCUGGAGGCCAAGUUGAAACCCAGAGAAGAUGCUGUUGGGAAAAGAGUGCGGAUGCUGACUGACCUCCAGAAGCAACUGAGAGCUGCUGAACUUCAGGUCAACACGUUAAUGGACGAGACGGACGACGCGUGUUGUAUUGAUGUGGAGAAGCAGGUUUCCAGCGUGACCCUGGAGCCUCUGCAGGACUCCUCCAGCGGUCAGGAGUUAUCCAGCAGUUUGAUGGAAAUCUGUGAGAAGAUCGAGCACCAAAAUACCCUACUCCGUCUCGGAAUGGGAUCCUCUCAGCGGUCGCUACGUGUGGUUCUCAACCCAUCCGAGGUCACCUUCGACCCUGAUACCAUCCAUCCCAACCUAAUCUUAUCUGAAGACCUCAAAACGGUGUCUUUCAGCGCAGCCAAACAGCCGUAUCCGGCCAGAUCUCAGAGGUUUUCCAGUUUCUUCCAGGCUUUGAGCUCCCAGAGCUUCGUCCGAGGAGAACAUCUCUGGGACCUCCGGGCUGAAGGAUGUGCUUGGGUUGUGGCCGUGUGUUACAGAGAUCUGCCCAGAUCUGGUUCUGGCAGCGGUCUGGAGAGCAGUGCUGGAUCCUGGUGCCUCAUGCACUGUGAGAACCUUCUGAGGGCAUACGAGAGAGGAAAGGACACGCCGCUUAGACGCACACCGUCUCUGAAGAGGAUGGAGAUACGCCUCAGCUUCAGCACUGGCUCUUUAUCGUUUUACAGCAUCAGCGAUUUGAGUGGGGAUAAAACUCACCUGCACACUUUUAAAGUCAGCUUCACACAGCCAGUGUAUCUGGCUGUAAGGAUGAUGUCUGGUCAACCCAAAGCACACAUCACUGUCAACUAGUGACUGAAGUGACCUCUAGAGAAACCCACUUGCUUCUGCAUUGCUUUCACCUUAUGCAACCAAUUGCUAAAAUAAUUUCUUAGACCUUAUUCAUCCAUACCCAUCCUGUUGUCACGAUGCUAUGAUGCAAUACAUCAUUAAUGUUCAUGUACGCACUGAAUGCAUCUUGCUGCACUACAUUGUCACAUGCAUUAUGUUGCCAUUAUUUAAUUUAAUCAAAAUGCAGUGUUCCUCAACAACUCAUGUGUUAUGAGCUUGUGACAUUUGUUUACCUUCAAUAAAACAAGACCACAUUACAUUUAAAACAAUUCUGAUUUUGUUUCUAUGCUGUGCUUUUCUUUUGGCAUGUUUGUUAAUACUUGCAUUAUUUUAUCAAUAUGCAGUGUUCCUCAACUCAUGUGUUAGGUUUUAAACAUGUGACAUUUGUUUAACUUCAAUAAUACAAGAUCACAUACAUUGAAAACAUUCUAAUUCUGUUUCUAUGCUGUUCUUUUCUUUUAACAUGUUUGUUAUUACUUGUCUCUUUCUAAAUUUAAAUA